AUGUCGCGACAAAUGAUCACGGUUGUUUGUUGUCAAGCUACGGAUGGCAUGUUCUGCUCAAUCAGUUUAUUUCACACAAAUAACACAGUUAAGAAUACAAUACGCGCCGUAAAUGAAGAAUCAGAAGAAGUUCGUUCCGUUUCAUCUUCCGAAACUGGGUUAUUAUUAAAACGUAAGAGACAAUAUGACGUGAAUUAUUUUGAUAAAGGAGCUGACAAACGAAACCGUUGCAAAGCUCCGGAAAAUAAGAUACGAACCACUAAUGGAACGGUAGUGGAAGACGAAAUAAAUUUUAUUGAUGAUGAAUUUUCUCCUAAUUCCCUUACGAACGUCUCCUCCGAGACUUCUUUGAUGCAAUUAUCUUAUACUGAAUUGAUAUCGAACGAAGUAGUAAACGAAGAAACCGAUAGCGAAAUAAAGUCUAUUGAUGAUGAAAUCUUUCCUAAUUCACGUACGAACUUCUCCUCUGAGACUUUUCUUUCGCAACAAUCUUAUACAAACACUACUGAAGUGGAUUCAUCUUUGGCAUUUGCAAAAGAGCUCCAAAACCGUGAAGCUAAAGAAAUUCAAUUUGGAAAUGCACGAAAAAUUGCUAAUUUUGCGGUUGAUUGUGAAGAGGAAUUUAUAUCUGAAAGCGAGUUUAAUACAUAUGUGUGGACCCCGCUACUUAAGAAUGCAUUCCUAGGAAAGGAUGAUCUGAAACUAAGUUGUGGAGAAUUGACGUCAAAUACGUAUGAAAAAUUAACGGAGAUCUUAGAUAUUAGUGGUCGCAGUGCACCAAGGUUAAACGGUAAAGGACUCCUAAAAGCAUUGGGCACAGAAAUUCUUGUUCAGGAAGAUGGUGUCCUUAAUACUCGUAGUAAGAGGAAAGGCGAUCUCAAAAAAUUGGGAGUACUGUUCAAAGGUGAUCCUUACGAAAUUUAUUUAUUUGAAAAUACCAUCAUCAUGAUGGACUUGCAAGAUAUAGAAGUUCCGAGAACUGUGGAAGGAUUUUCCAAAUUAAUAAUGGCCGUGAAAGUAGUUCUUUCCUGGAAAGCUCGUACUAGAAAGACACUCUAG